GAGACAGAGAGAUGACACAGAAGCCAACCAAGGCAUUGGCCAGAUCUGCCGAAAGCUUGUGAAGAGAGAACAAAAGGAGAGAGGCAAAUGAGCUGAGAGACCGGGAGUGUUUUCCUCCCAGCAACAAGGAAGGAACUUUGACAACGUGGAUCCAGAUCAGGGAAGGAUUAUACAAAAUCAGAGGAGAAGCUCUUCUUAUCCAGAACCCAUUCUCCUCUUCUUUCUCAAGCAGGCAUGGAGUUUGACAAUGACACAGACAGCCACUCAGCCACUGAGGAAUGUGACUACGGUGAGUGGAGUUCCUCAAAGAUCCUCAUUCCCUCCAUCUACUUGCUUGUUUUCUUCCUAGGCACUACUGGCAAUGGCCUAGUGCUGUGGACCAUUUUCCGGGGAGGCCAGGAGAAAAGGCGAUCUGCAGAUACUUUCAUUGCCAAUCUGGCAGUGGCUGACUUGACCUUUGUCAUUACCUUACCACUCUGGUCUACCUAUGCCAUCUUAGACUACCAUUGGCCCUUUGGCUCUUUUGCCUGCAAACUCAGCAGCUAUCUGGUCUUUGUCAACAUGUAUGCCAGCGUCUUCUGCCUCACAGGGCUCAGCUUUGACCGCUAUUUGGCCAUCGUCCGCCCCAUCGCAAAUGCCAAACUGAGGUCGAAGGCUAGUGGACUUCUGGUGACUAUUACCCUUUGGGCCAUGGCAGCGCUCCUGGCUUUACCAGCCAUGAUCUUUCGGAGUGCAGGAGUGCUCAACCCUGAAUACGACAAAGUGACAUGCUUCAUGGAUUUCUCCAGCGUGGCCACCAACGAGACAGAGGCUGCCUGGGAAACAUGGCUGGGCUUGUCCUCCACCCUGAUGGGCUUCGUGGUGCCUUUUGCUAUCAUGUUGACCUGCUACUUCUUUAUUGCCCGCACCAUUGCUGGCCACUUCCGAAAGGAGCACAGCGAAGGGCUGAGGAAGAGGAAGCGCCUGCUGACAAUUAUUAUUGUCCUGGUGGCCACAUUUGCAGCCUGCUGGCUGCCCCUCCAUCUGGUGAAAACCAUCUAUAUGCUGAUGGACUGGGAGGUGAUGCCGUUAUCCUGCAGCUUCCACGCCUUUCUUAGCAACGUUCACCCUUACUGCAGCUGUUUGGCCUAUGUCAACAGCUGCCUCAACCCUUUCCUCUACGCCUUCUUUGACCCUCGCUUCCGACAGGCCUGUGCUGCUGUCCUCUGUUGCACCACAGGGCAUUUUGCAGGAGCUAGUGGAGAAAAGUCAGCUAGUUACUCCUCUGGCCACAGCCAGAACCAUCCAGGGAAAGGACUGGACCCACAGCGGGAGAAACAGGGUUUCCCAACCCCCUAGACUUUGCUUCGUGGGUAAAUGUGGGAUGAGAAGAUCAAGCAAUUAUGAUGGACUUUAUAUAUAAUGAGCAUCCCUUUCUUUCAUUUUGUAUCUUCUCCUAUCAUUUUAACUCUUCUAUAGUCCAAUGUCUUAUGCUUUUUUUUCGUUUUUUUAAAAAACUACCUUGCAUCUUUCCAUUCCCUCCUUCCUUUGCGUCUGCUCUGCUGGGUUACUCAUUCUAAUGUUGUCACCUUGCCUCUUUUAAGGAGGAAUGUCCUGUAGCGACAGGAUAAAUCAGGCUCCUUAAAAACAGUUAGAACCCCUCUUUUCACUUUGUAUCUUAAAAAUACAGAGUAUGUUAGUGCUGAAGCACAUCUCUUCCAUACGUUUGCUGUGUCUACUGCCCCUGAGGAUUUCCAAGUGUGUUGGAGUGGAUGGAGUGAUGGCUAGGACUCAGGAGACCUGAGUUUGAAUCCGUGCUCAGCUGUGGAAGCUCAUGGUGUAUGUGCCCUAGUAAAACCAGGUAAAACCCCUCCUUAAAUAUCUCACUUACCUUGAAAGCCUUGUUAGUUCUUGCUUGACAGCAGAAAACAAUUGCCUCUGAGAAAUUUUAACUUAGUUGCCCCCUAGCCUUCUGUUUCUCCUCUAUGCAAUAAGAAAAGAGGGCAACGUAUUGCACGCAUGGGGGUCUGUGUGCACACUUUAAUAUUGUGUGACAUUCCUAUAAUGGGGCAGGAAAGGAUGGAGGCAGGUAAGGGACAACCAGUUCUCCUUGGAGAUGAAAUGUAUUAUAUUCUGUUCAGGAACACAUACUAUACACACUUAUCUCAUUCAACUUAAGUCAAAUCCUGAACUGCCAUGUCAUCCACAAUUUAUAGAAUCGGGAACAGCAGGUAUCAGUUAGAAAUGAGGAACCUGGAGCUCUCCAGAUGUUCAGAUCCUAUCGGUCCUGGCCAGAAGGUUCAAUAAUCACAGAUGAUGGGAGCUGUACUUCAACAACAUCUGCAGAGCAAUGCAUUCCACUCUCCCUUGAUAUAUGCAUAUAACCAUGUUCAGUGUCACAUGUAACUACAGUAAUUUAACCAAAACUAUUUCCUAUUGCUGAGUGGUGGUCUUUUCGAGCUAGAACUAAUGAGGACAUUUGUGUACCCACACCAAGGGCUGCAUUCUUCUUGUUAUGAUCAGCUCCAGCUGUUCUGUACUUUUAAGGGUCAGACAUGAUGUCACAGCCGCAGCAUGAAAUCCUUUUAAAUAGCUAGCACAAGGACUAGCAUUACUGACAUAAGACUUGGGUCUUCUAUGAACCAGUUUAUAGGAGAAAUAUGCCUCACAACAUUCUCUGAAAACAAUUAUAAAAUUGUGCAUCUCUUUGUUGUUUUCUCUCCCUAUCUCUGUUUCCUUUUUUAACCCCCUCCUACUUUUUUUAUUGCCAGCCAAAUACUAUGAAAGUUAAAUGGGUGAUUUAAAAGCAGUAUCUUCUUGGUUCUUAUGUUACAUGAUUCAUUUUUAAUGUCCUUUUCCCAGAAAUCACUGGGAGCUGGUUUCUCCCAGAAUGUUAGAACAUGUGUACAGCACUUCCCUUUUAUAAUUAAUAGAAAGAAAAGUGAUAAAAUGCCACCACACUUCUGCAGACAGUACAGAGUUGCCCUUUAAAGGAUUGGGUGGAUCCAAACUGAAACUUGCACAUGAUUUUUUAAUGUUUAUUCACAAGAGUAAUACACUAAGCCGCAUAGCAAAAAUAAUGUGAGCUUUUCUUAUCAGUGAUACUAUGGAAUCUUUCUGUUGGCAAAUAUUUUGUAUGUGGAAAUGCUUCUUUGUAAAAAGUGCAUACUCUGUUAAUAUUAACAAAGGCGCCUGGAAAAAUGCUUGACCAAAACACAAACACAGAAAACCAAACAAAAAACUAGAGUCUUCUUGCAAUUA